AUGAAGACGUCGACGAGCUACCUUCUGGCCGUGGCCUGCUCCUUGGCUUUAAUCGGCGCUGUCCAGGCGGAUUGCUGUCGCGACUCGUUGACCCUGUCGUAUGCCGUGGAGGGCGGAACAUGCAGCGAUGCGGGCGGACACAGCGGCACCGAGGGCUGCACCAUAACCAUAUGCGCCGACGGCAAGGCACAGGUGGGCACCUUCUGUGGACGGGGUACUUGUUUUCUCUUCGGCUGUGCCUGCAAGGGUGGCUGUAUUUCUGGCAAUUGGAAGCAAAGUUUCCUGGAUAUCAACAAAGAUCAUAAGAUUACUGUUACGGGCGAGAUAUGGAAUUCGUGA